GUGCGACUUGCACAAGCUUGCGCUGCCCGGCAAAUCUUAUAUCGACAGGAAAGACGGCAGGACAUAGCACGAGAUGGCAUCUCAGGAUCAGAACAUGCCCUUUAUAAGGAACCUUGCGUCCAGCGACCGAAAGGCGCGGGCGCAGGCGCUCACCUCGCUCGAAACGUUCCUCUCCUCCCGACGGCUCAACAACCUACUCGGCCCCGUCGAGAUCCUGAAGCUGUGGAAGGGUCUCUACUACGCCCUGUGGAUGUGCGACCGCCCGCUGCCGCAGCAGAACCUGUGCGCCGAGCUCGCGGGGCUGAUGCGCUCGCUGCCGCGGGAGUCGGUGGUCCCCUGGCUGCGCGGCUUCUGGGUCACCAUGGCGCGCGAGUGGACCACCAUCGACGUGCUGCGCAUGGAGAAGUUCCUGCUGCUCGUCAGGCGGGUGCUGGGGGCCAGCUUCGCGUGGAUGCGGCGCGGCGAGUCCGAGGCCCGGGCGGGCAAGAAGCAGAGGAAACAAUCAUCAGAAACAACAAAUCCAGGGCGCUGGCACGAGGACAGGGUGGACGAGGUGGUCGCGCUGCUCAAGGAGUGGCCGUUCUCGACCGACGCCGACGUGGAGGGCCGCGAGGCCGCCGUCGGCGAGGGCGAGCACCGCGACCUGGUCCCGCACACGGUCGCGGCGGGGCUGAGGAUACAUGUGUUGGACAUCUGGGUGGACGAGGCCGAGAAGGUCGGGCUGCUCGGGCCGGCGAAGGAGGGGGAGGAGGAGCAGGACGAGGAGGCGCCCAAGAUCCUCGACAGGAUCAACGCGCUGGUGGAGGAGCUACACCGGGAGACGGAAACCACGUCGGUCAAGAUCCGGGCCGAGGCGUCGCUCAAGGACGACAGGCUGCCGUGGAACCGGAGCGGGGCGGCCGGCGGCGGCGACGACGGUGGCAGCUGGGACGGGUUCGAGGACUGAAUCAGAGUUAGGCACGCUUGCAUGUGCACAUGAUCGCCCCACACAGAGUUCUCGACCCCUCGUCUGUGUGGUUCGGUUUGGUGUUUUGGCGUUAUGGUGUUUCGAUAGACAAGGAAAAGUCAACUAGCUAUUUGAUACCUCGCCCACGGACAGGGCGGCAUCUACCCAACAGCACACGACGGGUUCGAAGUCAUGCUGGGUGAGGAUAAAAAAAGCUCAGUUUGCCGAGGUGACCGGGGUGAGUAUUGAUGCAGGCCCUGGGACUGACGAGUGG